AUGGAUCCUCUGUGUGUUGCAAACACCAACUUUGCUCUUGAUCUCUACAAGAAAGUGAUUGAAGGGAAAGAAAAGGAGAAUGUCUUCUUUUCUCCAUUAAGCAUCUCAGCCGCUCUGGCCAUGGUGUAUCUCGGUGCUGGAGGCGACACUGCGGCUCAGAUGGGCAAGGUGCUACACUUUGAUACAGCAGAUGAUGUCCACACAAGAUUCAAGACCCUGAUGUCCGACAUCAACAAACCUGGCACUUCCUAUCUUCUGAAACUGGCCAAUAGUCUCUAUCGAGACAAGGGAUACACAAUACUCCAAGAAUUCCUCAGUUCAACCGCAGAAUUCUAUCAGGCAGCUCUAUCUGCUGUUGACUUUGCAAAUCAGCCAGAUGUGGCUAGGAAAAACAUUAAUUCUUGGGUAGAGACCAAGACUGAGGGUAAAAUCUCAAACCUGCUCUCCCCGGGCACUAUAACUGAUCUCACCAAACUUGUGCUUGUAAAUGCUGUCUACUUUAAAGGCAGCUGGGAACAAAAAUUUCAAGAGAAUGAUACGUACAAGAAACCCUUCAGAUUGAGCAAGUCGAAGUCAAAGACAGUGAAUAUGAUGUACCAAGAAGGAUACUUCUACAUUGCUUAUAUCAGUGAGCUUCAAACCAGUAUUGUUGAGCUUCCGUACUAUGAGAAUGAGCUGAGUAUGGUCAUCCUGUUACCUGAUGACAUCAAUGACAACUCCACUGGACUGGAAAAGCUUGAGGAAGUGCUCACAUGUGAAAAGUUGCUUAAUUGGACCAAAUGGGAGAACAUGAAACAAAAGAAAGUCAAAAUCCAUCUACCCAAAUUUAAGCUGGAAGACCAAUUUGACCUGAAAUCCACACUUUCAGCAAUGGGAAUGGCUGAUGCUUUCAACAAUUCGAAAGCUGAUUUCUCUGGAAUGACAGAAACAAAUGAUCUGGUUUUGUCAAAGGUUGUUCACAAAUCUUUUGUGGAAGUUAAUGAAGAGGGCACGGAAGCAGCAGCUGCCACAGGAAUUAUUAUAACAACUCGUUCGUUGACACCUGAAAUUGUAGCUGACCAUCCCUUUCUGUUUUUCAUCCGGCACAACAAAACCAAGAACAUUUUGUUCUUCGGCCGAUUCUCUUUACCAGAGGGCAAAGAUGUUAAUGGUGAAGAAGAGAAUUUUUUUCAAUUUUUCUUAAACAAUUUUUGCACCAUACUAUGA